AUGAAAAAAGGAGUAAAUAAAAAAUGUUUAACAAAUAACGCAUCUACAGAAGUCUUAGAUCUUUACAAUAAACAAAUUAUACCAAACGAGAACUCUCCAACUCAACGAAUCAAUAUUAAGACUGAAGGUUGUUUGAAGAAAGGUAUUCUCAAACAAAAAAGAAAACCUUUAAAAAGACAAGCCAAAAACUUGCAGAGGUCUUUAAGCACGACGUCUGAAAGCUGUGAAAUGAGCUCACACAGUGAUUCUGAUUUACAAGGCAUAUUAAGCGAUAAUUCUAAAUUUGUCAUGUCUGAUUGGUCGGACAUAGAUGAUGAAAACCAAAGAAAAAACACUGAUCUAGAUUUAUUAAAGACAUCAGACAUUGACAUAAUAAAAGCAUUACAGAUUGAUGAUAUAAUGGAAUUGACAGACACUGAAAACGGCCAAAAAAAGAAGCAUUCAACGAGAAAUGAUAGAACACAAAGAAGCAUAAAUAACGAUCUGAAGAUGAAUGAUAAUCCACAAAAAGAAAAAAAAUUAAGUGAUGAGACAAAAUAUACAGAACUUAAUAAUAAUAAAGUCACUGUUCUGUCAUCAGUUCGAUUCACACCUGAAAAUCGACCUUUCAUUGGUUUAAAAACUUGUGCAACCUUAAAACUUGAACCUGUGGAUAAACAGUUUAAUUUAAGUUCGAACCUAAAGCGUAAAGAUUUACAAGGAGAAUCUUUAGAUAAAGAAAACACGCCAGUGAAAAGAUUAAGAACUCCUGCAAUGAAAGUAAAGAGUAAUGAUAAGGAGUUAAUCAAAAUCAAAAAACCACAGAUUAGUGUAAAAUUUGAAUCUUCAAAUAAAACAGCAUAUGACAUGAAGAACAAAACCGAAAAACGACAAAAUAAGGUGGGUACAUCACAGACAGACGACUUCGAAAGCAAGGUAAGAGAAUACGAAAGCUUGCUUUGUGAAAAUGAUAAAAAAAGUGAAGAAGAAUGA